AUGUGGCAGUUUACCUACGGAAUCGCAGACGGUGUCAUGGCGGCCUACGAGCAGGUUCAAAAGGGGCCCCUGAAACUGAAAGGCGUCGCAGAGCUCGGCGUCACCAAGCGGAAAAAGAAAAAGAAGGACAAAGACAAAGCGAAACUCCUGGAAGCAAUGGGAACGAGCAAAAAGAACGAGGAGGAGAAGCGGCGUGGCCUGGACAAGCGAACCCCGGCCCAGGCAGCCUUCGAGAAGAUGCAAGAGAAGCGGCAAAUGGAAAGGAUCCUGAAGAAAGCAUCCAAAACCCACAAGCAGAGAGUGGAGGAUUUCAACAGACACCUGGACACCCUCACGGAGCACUAUGACAUUCCCAAAGUCAGCUGGACCAAGUAGCCUCCCCACCCAGGGUAUGGAGUGGCACCAAGGGGAAAUGGAAGGUGAAAUUGGGGCUCUGUUUGGUGCCUUUGGUGUUUUCUAAGAACAUUCUUUUACACACACCCUUGCGUCUUCUGCUGAGACAAGUGCUUUCCAAAGCAGUGUGUCCUCUUUCUGGAACUCAAUUAAAGUAAGACUGUCCUUUUACUCUAUUUUGGUUUCUCAGUAGAAGAUCAAAUUUUUUUAGUUCGGACUAGAGAUUUUUAAAAGUUUAUCCAGAGAUUGAGGUUAUUUCCGUGUGUCACAGAAAAGGGUCUUUGCCCCCAAACUGCAUCUAACUCUGACAGUCAGCCAGCCAUCUUUUCUGGAUAAAACGGACUCCAGGGGAUCAGGAGGUAAUGCUAACACAGCCGGCAGCUUACAGACCCCGUGAGGCCCUACGUGAGCUGUCCUUCUGAGCUUCCUCCUGCUUGGGGCUUGUACUGUUUCUUCCUGAGCCUAGGGAAGCCACUUGUACUUUCUUGGCCUUCAGAUGCCUCCUCAGCCCCCUGGUGUGUAAGACCACACAGCCUGGAAAUAGAGCCACUGCCAAAGGAAAGGAUGAAAUGUACGCUUUGUCCCUGUCUGAGCUCCUGGCGGACUUACAGCCUCUGCCCCUAGUGCCCCCAUUCCAGAUGAGUUUAGAGGGUGUGGCCCUGGCAGACAUCACUGAUCAAACACAGCAUUCUUUGUAAUGGAACCCGGACACUGCCUGCCUCACUGCCCUCAACCCUAGGCUCUAAGCAGCCCCUGUGUUUAUUCAGAGUGGCACAUAACUUGUAGCCUGCUUGGCAUUUCUGGCCUAAGGACAUCUCAGGGGUGGCAGGACCUGGGCAGAGCCCUGGCACAGACAGUACAAUACAGUCAAAGGGGAGGACCCACGUCCUGGUGCUGGAGAGCCGUGAUCUCUUUUGAGGACCUACGUGUUCCUACCUGAUGAGGAUCAAACUGCAUAUACUAUUGGGAGGAAGUCUCUGUUGACAUAGGAGGUGUAAGAAUAAGAAAAUCGUGUUGGGUUUGGGGCUGUCAUAUGGUGAAGAGAAUAAAGCAAAAAAUAGUUAUUAAA